AAUACUAACCACCACCAGGUGUCGCGCCGACACCAACUAACUAACCUCAAAAUUGUUUACACUUUGAUGCCAAUUAAAACAAUUAUUCCCACUAAUAAGUACAAUGUCUUUGGUGCCUGACUACGGGGACUCGAACUCCAGUUCCGGCUCCGACGAAUCCGAAAGCGAAGCCAGUAUUACAGAAGAGCCGACACCUAAAGUGGUUUUGCCCAAGCCCAACUUUGGGGAUGCUGACAAUGAGUCGACGAAGAGUUCGGUGUUUAAGAACCCAUUUAUCGAGGCGGAAAACGAAAAGGAGGCGAUACUGCAAAAGCACGUGAAGAUGGUGGACACUAAGGAUAAUGUCAUGGUCAUUAACGGUAAGAAAAUUUGCUGGAAUUACAGAAAGGGCAGGUGCAGAUUCGGGCACAACUGCAAGUUCGCCCACGACUCGGACAUACAGAAGUCCAAGGAGCAAUUGGAUGCCGAGAAACAAGUACAGAACGUUGUUGUUUGCCAAAACCAGACUGUGCCUCAGCCCAGCACCGAGGAACUGGAGAAAAUUAAGGAGGAGAGUGUGGGGCACAACCAACAAAAGAGGAAACGACCUGGGUUAACUCAAGGCUUGGUACCGGGCAAAAAAGUUAUGAAAAAUUAUGUAAAGUACAAAUAGUUACAUUUAAGUAAUUUAUUUAAGUGCUCAGAAUGUUUUGAUAUGUUCUUUUAUAAAGGAUAGGUGCGUUUUAUUAUGUAUGUAAUUGGUGUUUGAUAAUAAAGAGUUCACAAACAAA